GGACGAGAAGGGGAAAAAGAAGGAAGAGAACAGGAGACACACUCCACAUCUCCCCACACAAACACACACCCCAACAACACCCAGAGAGAUGGGGGUGGUGGUGGAUGGGUGCCAGGAUCAUGUGCCCAAGGAGAGCCGGGCCUCUCCCCUGGUGACCCACCCUUCCUCCCCCCCCCCCAAAUCUCGGUUCCUUGGGGCCCCAUGCCAGCCACGCGCUCCCUGGACCCACCCACGGGGCCAGAUGCCAAGGGCAGGGCAGGGCUGAUGGGGGGGGGGGGAGAGGGAGAGCAGGGCUGAGAGGGGGAAGAACUAAACGGGGGGAAGGAGAAGAGAGAGAAGGAGGAGAAGAGGAGGAGGAGGAGGAGGAAAGGGGUGAGGAGUCAGAAGAGGAAAGUUCAGCAGCAGCAAGAAGAAGGGCAAGAGCCUCCCCUGGGUGCCACACACCGGUCUCCGUCUGCCCUUCCAGCAGGUACCAGGAUGGGCUUUCUCCUCUUUGCAGUCACAGCCCUCCAUGUCCUGAUUCUCAUCUUACUCUUUGUAGCCACAUUGGACAAGUCAUGGUGGGUGCUGCCUGAUAAGGAAACAGUUAACAUCUGGUAUGAUUGCUGGCAGCGAAACCACACAGAAGGUUGGGUUUGUCACACAGUGUCUGAAAGUGCAUGGCUUCAAGCAGUCCAGGCCUUCAUGGUUUUAAGUCUUCUCUUCUCCAGUUUUGCCUUCAUUCUCUUCAUGUGCCAGCUCUACACCAUGAAGCGAGGAAGCCUAUUUUAUGCCACUGGAAUCUUCCAGCUACUUACUGCUUUCUCCGUGUUCACAGCUGCAUUGAUCUAUACUAUUCACGUGGAUGAGUUCCAGCAUGGACGAAUGCCAGGUGGCUCCUUUGGCUACUGUUUUGUGCUGGCAUGGCUCUCCUGCCCCUUGGCUCUUAUCAGUGGAAUCAUUUACAUCCACCUUCGAAAAAAGGAGUGACCCUCAACUGGGAGAUCUCUCCAGUUGCCCUGAAAAAGGACCCCGCUCUCCUCUGAAUUUAGUUACGUAUUAACUCUUUUGCUGUUUCCGAAGGCAUUCAUGGCACAAAAUCCUACACAAUGCGUGGCUUGAUCCACUGGGGUUAUUGCAUUGUGAGCGCAUCACCUCUGUUUUGCAUGUUAUCAUGUACUUCACAUGAUAAAGCAAGUUGAAGGUGUGCCGUCUUUCACUGGGCAUUUCCCUGGUCUCUAAGAUAUUAGCAUGCACUACGUAUGUGAAUUGUUUGCUGGCAGAAUGAAGUGCCACGGUAAUCAGGGAACAUAUCUCUAUUGUUCUCCAGCUAGAAAUGGCUGCUUUAUUCCUUUUUUAAAAAAAAAAUAUGUAAAUGAGACUAGAGAACCAACUUUUGCUUUUCCAAAUUUUCAAUUUUUGUUUAUAACCUAAUAUUCUGCAGUGUGGCCAACAAUAUUUUGUUGCCAGGAACCAACUUUACUUUUAACAUCUAUUUUUUUUAAAAAAAAAAUGUGUAGGCUGAAUGAUUUAUUCCUGAAGUAUUUGUUUUCAAAACUGAAAUGUGAAAAUGUUUCCCAGAUUAAAAAAAAAAAAACCAGAGGGAUGUCAUAUUUUUUUAUUAUAUAUUACUUGGAUGCUAAAACAUCAGGUGGCCUGUGAUGUAGGAAACCAAUAUAUUUCCAUAUAAAGCCCUGAAAUGUUUUAAAGUUUUGGAGAAGAAAAGGAGGAGAAAUGGGAAUGCUGUGUGUGCAGCGAAGUUUUUCAUAAACUGAAAAUUUGAAGUACCUAUCUUGUUUCUUCACUGUUGAAAUGUUAUAUUUGGAGAACCAUACUUUGUGAAGUUAAUACAUGUCAAAUUGGGCUACAGAAAUUAUUCAUAAAAUUGCGUUUCAUUCUCUAAAUUUGAAGCCGGUAACGUAAGGGUGUUUUACAUAUGACAUUACAAGCGCUUUAAAAACAAAAGCGUCAGUUUAGAUAUCUUACAUGUUAAUAGAAGUAGGGUUCAGUUCAGCAAGAGCAACCUAAAAAUGUAAGGAGAGAACAAUGUGUAUACAUUUUGCCUCAUGAGGGAGCCACAGUUUGCUGUAACUCCCUAUUCACUGGCUCUUUAGUGUCAAAACCAAGUUUGCUUCUGUGUAAUGUGUGAAAUAGCCCUGAGAAUGAUGAUAUUCUGCCUAUGUGUGUUUUGUUUCCUUUAAAUCAUAGACAGAGGCAACAAACGUCACUACUCCAUUUCCACUUUGCAUUCAAGCUAGCAACUGUUUUAAAGGUGUCUCCCUACUCUUUCCCUCCAAGGAUGAGCUGGUGCAGGCAAUACAUUUGUAAAAAGAUGGCACAGGAUGGGUAAAUGAACCUCCUCAUUUCCAUUCCACUUCUAAAGCUGGGGAGAUCCUGCCUGCCUCUUCCUACAGACGUCCCCAAUAUAUAGUGGCUUCCAUACAUGUUGGAGUACAACUCCCAUCAUCUUCUACCAUGGGUUCAGUUGUAAUCUGAUACAACUAGAGGGCACCAAGUUGGGCAAGCUGGCCUAGUAAUUACACGCACAAGUGUAAUUAACAUUUGAUUUUGCUCUUCCGGUUGCCUUAAGCGGGCAGUUUGCUUCCUAGUAUCGAAACGGGUUCCUUCCAUGACAUGUCUGUAACCGAAACCAGUAUUGUAAGUCCUGACUUCCCUAUAGUUCCCUUUCAUGGCCUUUUUAUAUUUUAUAUGCAUUUUAAGAAUAAAAGUCAUAAUAAUUCAAGAGA